AUGGGAUCACUCGGCACAAGACGGAGAACUGCCCGGACAAAGACUUCGAGGACCGGCACACGAACCCAUGGAGGUGAUCCACGGCCUGGGCUAACGGACUUUGCCGUAGUGGAGGAGGAGGAGGAGGAGGAGGAGGAGGAGGAGGAGGAGGAGGAGGAGGUCAAGCUGAAGGACGGCGGACGCACCGUUCAGCUCCACCGUCGAAAGGAAACAUUCUUCAACCUCACCCAUAGCUUUCGCGAAGGAAAUCCGCACGUCGGUGUCAUGCAGUGUGCACUAUACUGUCUGUGCUCUGCAUUAGCCCUCAAGGGGAACGUGGCUACCUCGAGGAGGUUGGGUCGCAUGGCGAAGAUUAAAAGGAAUUAUAGUAAGUGGUGGGUGCUGUGUCUAGCCAUCUGUGGAGCGUGUCCGCCAUCUGCCUCUUCUCAGUGGUCUGAGUUCUCAUGCAUCGCGACAAUCCUCUGUGCUCUCCUCCGCCGUGUGUUCUGGUCGUGCUGGUCUGCGCUCGGCGCACGCGGUUCGCCCAGCUCCGUCUCCGCAGUCUUUGUGCUCUUCUGCGCCGACCGACGACGGACGCGCUCAUUCGACGACGCAACGUCCCGCCCCGCCCCCGGCUCCGCGACAGACCUGAACAGCGUCGAUCGUGGAGCGUCGGACGGAGGAGCAGAGGAUCCGCAAGUGUCUGCAGUGUACACUGCCAGAUGCCUAACGCACCGAGCGACGGGCAUCCGGCGUGCUCGCUCUUCGACUCAGGUAGAUUCCUUAGCCAGGGUCGCAGACGCAGAGACGGGGGGAAAGAAUUGGGCGGAAGAGAAGGAAACGAAAAAGAUACCGAAAAAAAGGAAGAAGAAAAGACGAGCGAAGACGGAAGACGAGGGACACAAGGAAGAAAAAAAAGCAAGAACAGGACGGAUACACACUCCACGCUCCCUCGCCCGCGCCCGCACGAGCACAGCCACCCCACCCCACCGCGCGCCUUCACUCGCUCCCCUCCCCAUCAAGCCGCACGACCUCCAAAUACCCUUCCGGCACAAGCGCAUGCCCCCCGCCCUCCGCACGCGCGCGCUCCACCACCGCCCACCCAACCCCGCCCCCGCGCCCGACGACGCGCACGAGCUGGUCCUCCGCAAGCGCCAUCUCCGCCGUGCCCUCCGGCUCGAACGCUCCGCCUCGUCGUCCGACGCCGCCCCCGACGCGGGCCCGGAUCCAGACCCGGACCCGGACCCCGAGGGGAACGCGAAGCUCGCGUACGGGUCCGCAAUCUCGCGCUCGGGCGACGCGACGUCAAAGUUGCGCGCGAAAUCUACCGGGCUCGGGCCUCCUCCUCCUGCGCUACUCGCACCAGCUGGCCCGUCCACCGCGCGCCCCGCCCACCCGAGCGAGAGCCCGCCCCACCUGAACCCUCCCCACGCCCCACCGCCGCCACCGCCGCCACUACCACCGCCGCCGGUGCUGCUGCCGGGCGCGUUCGUGCUGUCGUCCUCGACGGACGAACACGACGAGCGAGAGGACGCGGACCACGUCGACGCGGGGCGGUUGAGGCGGCGCGUCGCGCGCGGGGCGUCGGUGCCCUGCCCGCGGUGCCGCGCGUCCGCCGAGGGGAACGCAAAGUCGCGGAUCUUGACGAGCAGCGAGCGCCGCCCUGUCGCCGCAGCCGCGGGUUCCGGGGCGGGCACUGCCUGUGCGGCAGCCGAGGUUGGGGACGCGGUCGGCGUGGUGAGCGUGGAGAGCGCCGAGGCGGCGGGGGGCGUCGGCGUGAGCGGGUCGAGUGAAGUGUCGUCGGGCGCCGCGGCGGCGUCCAGGUCGAUGGAGGGGGCCGUGGAGGGCGCGAGGGAGGACGCGGUGGAGAAGCGGUGCGCGGCGGUGGACGGGGGGCGGGAGGAGCGGGUGGAGGCCGCAGCGGACGCGCGGCGGCUGACGGCGGGCGAGGGCGGGGCGGGGCGGUUGGAAGUGAGAGAAUCGCGGUGGGUGUGGGAGAGGUGCGAGGGCGUGGGGGGCGAGGCGGCCGUGAGCAUUGUCGUUGUAUGUGUGGGCGUCAUGGGCGCCGGGACGGGCAGUGGGGGGGUCAUGGUCGUGGUCAUGGUCGUGGUUGUGGUUGCUGGGGAGGUUGCGCCCGUCGGAGUGGUGGGCGUCAGUGCGCUGUUUGGAGAUGCGGUGUUGCCGUUGAUGUUCGUGACCACGCUGUGGGUCUGUGUGGGCGUCGACUGCGUGGGAGAGGGCUUGCCAUUCGACCGCUGCGGGUGCUGUUGCGACAUAGCUGCUAUGGAUGCCGUCGCUGCGGACGACGCGUCUGGGGGGACGAGCGUGUCCUUCAGGGUCUUCCGAGGCGGAAGCUUGACUGCAAACUCGUGGGAGCCAGGAACAGGAGGGGGGAGGAAGGAGGAGGAGGGCGAGGGAAAGGGCGAGGAGGACGGGCGGGCGUCGACCUGGACGGAGAGCGAGGGGCUGUCUGCGCGUGUGCAGUCUAAAUCAGGCGCGGGCGCUGAUGCCGGAGUCGACAGACGCUUACCUUUUGCAUUUAAAACGUGUUGGCCAGCUGGCGACAGCCGUCUAUCGCGUGGUGCAGCCUUUUAUUAUUAUAUCCUCGCUCGGUGCGCGCGGAUGGUCGUGGUAUACCGUUGGGACGAGAUGGUGCCCCGCGCCGUCGUCGCUGUCGUCGUCGUGGGCGUGCGGAUGCUAGAGGUGUGCGUGGGCGUGGGCGUGGGCGUUGACGACGGCGACGAGAAAUUGCGGGUAUGCCGACUCGCGGCGAUCGGCAACUGCGGCGCUGCCCGGCCCUGCGCCACUCGUUGCCACCCACGGCUCCGUCCACCAACGUCAUUCCGCUUGACCAUCGCUAUAUCCUCACUCAAGCCUGCUCGGUUCACAGGUCGUUCUGCGUUCAAGCUUCACGUCAAACACGCGUAUAAUAUGUACCUUCCUUCUGGACGUCAAAUCAUCCAUGUCUCAACCUCUGUGCCAUCUGCGGAUUCGCUGUUCAAGACCGUCUCCGUCCCGGCCGUCGCUUCUGCCCAGUCCGGCAUUUCAUGUAUACUCUUCUACCGCACUCAUACGCGACUGCCUCUUCGCCUAGCUGCUCCGCUUCCGUUAGGUGCGAUACGAGACAGCAAUCAUUGUGGUGGACAUUCGAGGAUGGCCUGCGCAGAGGCCACUUAUGAUUCUGGCCGUGUCUCACACGGCGCAACAGAAUGGGUCACCAUCAUUAUACUAUAUUGUCGUAUGGUCCACGUUGCAGCGUCGUCUCGAGCCGUAGCCAGUGCACCCCGCGCUCGAAAUCUCAAGGCUCGCCAGCUCUGCCCUGUGCAUCCGCAGAUGCCGAAGGCCCUCUGCCUAUAUUAUGGGUCCGGCUCUCCAGCUCUAUUUGCGCGAGAACGGAGCCUCUACGCUGCGCUGCUGAGUAGCGGGAUGCCGCCUGUCGGCGCGCGCUGCCAGGUCCCGCACUCCCCACAGGUUUGGCUAGCCCCUUGCGUCUUCUGGUUUCUCGUUGAUGUGCAUGGCGCCGCCGAUGGAUUCAGCAUCGCCACUGAGUGCGCCGACGGCCGGACGAACUCUGCGGCUGCGAUAGAGGCGCUCGCUCGCUCUCGCGCGGCGGUGACGGCGACGGCCUCAAAUCAGGGCGCGGGAAAACAUGGGCCGAGAGCAUCUGACGUCGUUCUGCGUAGGAGUGCGGUGCCGCCGCAAGCGGCGCCCACCGAGCGCAGGCUUACCUCUGGCCAAUGCGCUGACCGAAGCGUGUUCUGGAAAGGAGGAGCGGCGCCCAACAAUGCGACAUAUGGCUUGGUUUUGUUCAGUGCACUUGAGGAAUUACAAAUGCAACUGUGUGAAAAGUGGACGCAGGUCCGCGAGGAGCGAUUUCGGGGUAUCGCGCAAAGGGGGUCCGAGGUUAGCGACGACCCAAGCACAGUUGUGCAGGAGCCCUGCGACAACCCGGUAUUCGCAGCUUCUUCUAGAACAUUCCCCUUCCAAAUCGAUCCGCACGAGGGGGUGAAGGCGAGCUGUGCGGAGGCGUGUAAUCGAUGGCGACAACCCGGGAGUGGCGUGGGGCAUGGAUGCCUUCAGCUCGCCAUCGUCGACGAUACUCCCGAUCCUCUACCUUCCUCCGCCUCUAUCGCCACGGAGAGGUCCGGUCAGCCAAGCCAUGAACCACCCCCAUGGGUUGGCGUGCCGAUCCUCAAAGUCUAUGGCCGGGCAGUUCCCCUUCUUGUACCUAGUGAUCCCAUCGCCGCGCACGUAGAAGAAGAUGUCGCACCAGUCGCAGGGGAGCUUGCCGAGGUAGUUGAUGGUGACUAUGUGUCGUCUUCGGUAGCACGUGCUCACGAAUGGCUUGUUGGUGCACGGGAGGCAGCGCGAUGGCGAUGUCGAAGGCCCUCCGCUUGGCAGCAGUACAAGCUCGAUGGCGAACUUACCUGCGGGGUUGUCCACCUUGUAUUACCGCAGGUCGAGGCGCGCGUGAGCGCCGGACGUAGGCAUCGGUGCGGGCGUACGAAGGGGCUGGCGAUGGGGGGCACAGGCAGGCAGCGCAAUGGGAACGAGGGUGGGAAACAGGAAUGGGAACAGGGGAGCGACGAAGGAGGGGGCGAUGUACGCAGACACGACGGGGAACUGCGAGCCCGCCUCGCGCGAGCUGAUGCGCAUGUGCGCGGCAGAGGGCUGGGUGUACCCAGUCAUGUUUUUUUGGGACCUGAAGUUCCCUUCAACUACGCGCGACAUGCGCGUCCUGACAGGCCUGGCCGUGCAGAGGAGCGGCUCGACCCUGAGGCCCCGCACCAGGAGCUGUGCACAAAUCUCGUUGCUACGUCAUUUAGUUCCCAGGAAUAUGCAUGCACUCGAUACCUCUUUCUAAGUCUAGUAUGGCCAAUUCAGUGGGUAUCGCGACAUGCUGGCUUGUCGCGCUCUCGGUCGUGUUCCGUCGGCUCAUGGGUUUGGCUUCGGAGCCAGGAGCAGGGCUUUGCCAUCGUUCGAGGGCAGGAACCUGCGGGUCGUUGUUUAGCACACACUGAGCACACCUAA